AUGGUCUUCCUGGUGAAACUGCCGGCGCGUAAGCCAGCGGACGGACGACCACCCACGACUAAUGAACAAGAAUCUGUGCCCUCCGGUGUGCAUGCUGUGCGGCCUGUCACGAUUGUCCCGGCCACAGCAGCGUCCACAACGACGACAGAGACACCGGCGCAUAUGAUGCCUGCUGCCGAGGAUACCGAUGGCGCAGCGUUUCAGGAAGCCGUGCCUGCGCCUGCGCUGUCCACGCACACGUCUAUGCCCUCCACGCCUGGCCCUGCGCCGGGGGACGAGACGUCGCAAAACCUGCCGCGUACGCCGCCUGCCGCCGAGCCUCCCACGCCAGCGCCUUCGAAGGCUGCAGCGCUGGACAUUCUCUUGGCGCCCUCGGUCCUGCGUCAUAGGUACGUCCGUGGUGUCGACAAAUCGAACAUUGUCGAGCGUCCAGAGCGAAUUCGCGCUGUGUUGCUGGGCAUUGCAGGCGUCCAAGGCAUGGGCGAGAAACUGGCCGCGACGAAGCCGAAAAGCGACGAUGACGUCGCUGCCAUGCUGGCGGGGAUGAGCAUUGCGGAACGAGAGAGUGUGCUGCGUGUGUUUACUACGACACGCACCCUGCGUUUGUCGGAGCCUAGUGUGGCCUUGGCCGACGUGCAUGCGCACGAAAGUGAGCCGGCGACGUACGAUCUCACGACGGCGUACGCUCCUACCUCAGCGGCCACGGAGACGGCCAGUGCCAAACAUUGUGAGCGGAUCUCGCAACUUGCAGCGAAAGCGCCCUCCCACCCACCUGGCGACGUCCCUCGGUACUCGUCCCUGGACGGCGCGCUGUCGGAUGCAUCGUCGAGCGAUGGCGAGGGCGACGAGCGUAUGCACGAAAGCGAGAUUCCUGCCUCGCUGCCGCAAGGCGACCUGUACUUGUGUGGUCCGCAUGCCGAGGGACUGGACGAGGCCCAUGAUGGCGGCUCUCGCGAAGCGAUUUGCCAUGCGCUGGGCGCCAGUGUCGAGGCGGUGGACCGUGUAGUGGAAGGCGCCAAAGCCUCGCCGGCUCUCUUGGAGGCCCCGCAAGUGAGUGCAUGGGAAGCGGAUGUCGCACCUACGACGUCCGCGCACGCCACACGACACUAUCCAGCGAAGCGAGCGUUUGUCCUUUCCCGACCACCGGGCCACCACUGCAGCGGCGCUGAGCCGUCUGGGUUCUGCUGGGUGAACAAUGCGAUGGUCGCUACGGCCCAUGCGUACGAGGCCCAUGGCAUUGAUCGCGUUGUGAUCUUGGAUAUUGAUUUGCACCAUGGAAACGGGACGCAAGCCCUGGCAUGGCGACGUAAUGCGGCUGCGGCGCAGCAUGAUACAGCGUGGCGUGCGCGUGUGGCCGCGGAAGCGCGGAGUGCGCACCGUGGCGGUACGGCGGCGCAGCGGCAGGCGGUCAAGGCGGCCGAGGCGGCGCGCACGCCCUACGAGCAGCUCUUGUACAACGAAUCUGUGGCUGGCCGACGUGCGCAGAACGUGUUUUACGGCAGCGUACACGAUAUCGAGAGCUACCCGUGUGAGAAUGGCGAUCCGGAUCUGGUUCGCAAUGCGAGUGUAUGCCUGGCUGGCGCACACGGCCAAUGGAUAUGGAAUGUGCACUUGGAUACCCACCGCGACGACGCGGACUUUGACGAGGUGUACCGUACAAAGUACGCACAGCUGUUUGCCCAGGCACGCCGCUUUUUGCGUGAGACACACGCUGUCCCACCACGUACGCUGGUGGUCAUUUCCUGUGGCUUUGAUGCGUGUACGUACGAAUACCCAGGCAUGCAGCGGCAUGGCAAGCAUGUGCCGCCGCACUUUUACGCGCGAUUCGCACAGGAUGCUGCAGCGUUGGCCGACGAGUACGCUGAAGGCAAGCUGAUCAGUCUGCUGGAAGGCGGCUACUCGGACCGGGCCCUGACCAGCGGCACCUUGGCGCAUAUCGGCGCGCUCGCUGCGCUGCCGUGGGCCCAUACAGCAUGGCCGCGGGCGCAGGCGCCCUGGCGCGUCGAGAAUUUGAUGCAGCUCGAGCGGAUGGCGAAGCGCGUCAUGGCCGAAGCAGCCGCGCAUGCCACGCAAACAGCCAGUGCUACACGACCACGACGUACGACGCAGUACCAGCCAUGGAUCAUCCGCGCCUCAGAGUACUUUGCGGCGUUCCAGCAGGCCUGUGGGAUCGAUGCACGUCCCCUGACACUCACGCCGUCCGCGACCACGACGCCGCGCCGCGCUGUGCUGCGUGGCUUGGACUUGGACCUCGCGACGCCGUCGCGCGUGACGGCCGGUGGGCAUGCGUUGCGCGAUCGCUCUGUGCGACGUCGACAAUCGCACGCGGCGAUAUCUACCGAGCCCACGCCUGCCCGCGCUCGUGCCUCGGCGCGAUCUCGAAACGACGGGGAGCGAGGUACAUCGCACGAUCCAGCGCAGUGGGUCCCAGGCGCCCUGCCGGUCGAAAGUGCAGGGCCUGCGACGCCCGCGGCUCCCACGCAGCGGCCAAGUCACGAUGCGGAUACGCUGGCUACCUUGCUGGGACAAUGGCAGCUGAACGAUACCACGUAA